UCUGCCGGGGAUGUCGUGUGGAGCUCCUGCCGGCUGACCUACUUUCUCCCCGGCCUCUCGCCGGUGUUUACAACCGAGCAAACACCCGGAGCUCUGCGAGGAGGACACCCGUCUUCUCGUUUAUCUAGACUAAAUCACAAGGGCUGUCCCCCUACAGAGCCGCUUCGGGGACACCGCUCCUCGGGUACCCCUAAAAGCACCCGUUUUACGGCUGGUUAUGCAAUGUGACGGCGCCGUGCUGGUGGAUGGUGGAGCCCCGUCUGAUGGAGACUAUCAGCCGGAGUUGAGCCUGAGAGCCCGGGUCCGGCAUGGAGGAGGUUCUGCUGAGGACUUGUUAUUGAGACACCAGUGACAGGGUUUCCCGGCCAGGUUUCCAGGGGCAGUAGGUCCGGACUGGAUGGGCGGCGGUCACACAGGCCAGCAGGGGGGCCGCGGCGGCCAGAGGGAGUGAGUGAUGGACAGCCUGUCAGACUUCAGCGGACCCUGCGCCUCCAGUCGCAGGGAAUGGGACACCAGCAGCUGUGUCGACGAUUUACUGGAAGAAGAUGAAAAGGACCGAGCAAAAAGGGCGUCCCGGAACAAGUCGGAGAAGAAGCGGCGGGACCAGUUCAACGUGCUCAUCAAGGAGCUGUGCACCAUGCUGCAGGUCCAGGGCCUGCCCUGCAAGAUGGACAAGUCCACCAUCCUGCAGAGGACCAUCGGCUUCCUGCAGAAGCAGAAAGACAUGUCGGCCCAGAACGACGGCUGUGACGUGAGGCAGGACUGGAAGCCGUCCUUCCUGAGCAACGAGGAGUUCACUCAGCUCAUGCUGGAGGCUUUGGAUGGCUUCCUGGUUGCCCUGACGACGGACGGAAAUAUCAUCUACGUGUCAGACAGCGUCUCCUCUCUGAUUGGACACCUACCGCCUGACAUGGUGGACCAGAACAUCCUGAACUUCCUGCCGGAGCGCGAGCACAGCGACGUCUACAAGCUGCUGUCCUCCCACAUGCUGAGCUCCGACCCCGCCAGCUCGGACUUCCUCGACAGUGAGUCUCAUGUGGAGUUCUGCUGUCACCUGGCGAGAGGCAACAUGGACCUGAAGGAGCCUCCGGUCUACGAGUACGUCAAGUUCAUAGGAGACUUCAAGUUCCACAACAAUGUGCCUACGUCCUCCUGUAACGGCCUGGAGCUGGCCUUACCCAGAACCCUCCAGUCCUCCCUGGAGGAGCAGCUGUGCCUCAUCGCCACGGUGCGCCUGGUCACCCCUCAGUUCCUCAAGGAUCUGUGCAACGUCCAAGACCCCUGCGACGAGUUCACGUCCAGACACAGUUUGGAGUGGAAGUUCCUGUUCCUGGAUCACAGAGCGUCUCCCAUCAUCGGCUACCUCCCCUUCGAGGUGUUGGGGACGUCAGGCUACGACUACUACCACGUGGACGACCUGGAGCUCAUAGCCCAGUGUCACAAGCACCUCAUGCAGUUGGGGAAGGGGAAGUCGUGCUACUACCGCUUCCUGACCAAAGGCCAGCAGUGGAUCUGGCUGCAGACGCAGUACUACAUCACCUACCACCAGUGGAACUCCAAGCCCGAGUUCAUCGUCUGCACGCACACCGUCGUCAGCUACGCGGAGGUGCGGGCGGAGAGGAGGCGAGCCAUUGGUCUGGAGGAGAUGUCCCCCGUGGAGCUGGCCCCCUCCUCUGUGAAGGCCCAGGAGCUGUACCUGGACUUCUGCUCCACCCUGGACCCUCCGAAGGAGCGUACCAGUGCGCCCCGGUCCGUCUCCUCCCGCGGCUCCAGGAAGUCCUCCCACCUGGGGCUGUCCGACUCCGCCUCCGCCAACUCGUACACAGAGCCCUGUACACCGUCGUGGCAGUCCACAUCCAUCGGGACGGAUAACUCCACCGCCAGGCUGCAGCCCGGUGGCUCCAAGCAGCAGCAACCACCGCAAGAACAACAUCAACAACCACAACCACAAACACAACCACCACAACAACAACCUCAACCACCACAACAACAUCAACAACAACAGCCACAACAACAUCAGCAUCCCAGACCACCAGCGCAGCAGGUGCAGCAGGUGCAGCAGCCCCUGCUGUACCAGCAGCAGCUCCCCCUGGUGGCGCAGCCUCAGCUGGGCAUGAUGAACCACCUGAAGGAGCAGCUGGAGGAGAGGACCCGGAUCCUGCAGGCGGACAUCAAGACCCAGCAGCAGGAGCUCCACGACAUCAAGGAGAAGCUACAGCUAGCCAACUUCCAGAUGUUUUUACAGCCACCUAUCCACACUGACUUUGGCCAGGUCCCGACCCCCCAGCCGCAGCGAUCCGGGCGACCCCUGGCCCAGGGGUCAGGGGUCAUACGUCAGAACUCCGGCCCGCCAGCCAAGCAGCAGGCCUGCCAUGCCCCCUCGGCCAACCCCCUGCAGGUGCACCAGAGGCUGGUCCGGCGGGGCCCGGUGCGGACGCUGAGCCUCCCGGUGCAGGGCAGCAGCAGCCUGGGCCUGCCGCUCUACACCAACCCCAUGAUGUUCUCCUCCGGCGCCCGGCCGCUGCAGGACGCGCGCCACGCCCACCUGGACCCCGCCGACUUCAGCCAGGACGGACAGCUACGCAUGCUGCUGAACCAGCCCAUGCAGACUCUGGUCCCCAACAACAGUGUGACCCCCCAGACCUCCCAGUGUAACCCCGGACUCUCUCAGACCAAGUACACGGUGGAGCAGCAGCUGAUGGGCCAGUCCUUCACCAUGCAGCAGGUCAACUGCAACGCCGUGCUGGUCCCCUCCCCCGUCUUCACCUCGCCCUUCGUCAUCCCCCACAACAGCUUCAUCACCCACCAGCCACAGGCCGCCUACCAGCAGCCUACCCAGCAUGCACCGCUCCAGCUGCAGCAGCCCCAGCAGUUCUUUCAGAUGCAGACUCAGGGUCUGCUGCACAGCGGCUCCACGCCAGCCUUCCUGCACGCCACCAACAUACCGCAGCAAAGCACCCUGGGAUACAUUCAGCAGCAGCCGCAACAGCAACAACAACAACAACAACAACAGAGACUGCAGCAGCAGCAGCACUCCCAGAACCUGCCGGGCGGCGUCUCGGACUUCCAGAACAUGCUGACGCGGUAGCUCCACCUCCCCCGGGCGGAGGGGCGACGACCAGACGCCGGGCGGCCUGAGGCGGCGUUGGGGACGAGGAGGAAGCCGAGUCCCGCUGGACGUGUGAACCGAGGCCCUGCGGUCUUCACUGAGGUCUUCAGAAGAGAGCUGGACCUGAGCUGGACCCGACUGAGGGGGGUCGCUCGCGGCCACAAGGAGGCGCCUCAUGUUGGCACGGAGCUGGCCGUUCGGAUCCGGGCUGUUUUUCUGCGCUGGCGUUGGAGAUAAGAGACAAGGGAGGAGGAGGAGGAGGGGCUGUAGCUCCCUGGACCACAGUCUGUCGGACUGAAGAGCCAAGUCGUUGCUAUGGGGUCCGUUGCUAGGAGACUGUUGCCAGGGGCCCUCAGUAAGGUUGAUGGGGCCCCGUCGUUUGCGGCCCUUUGCUAGGGGGCCCUCAUCAGGGCUGCAAGAAGCCCGUCACUAGGGGCCGUGUUUUUAGGUGGGGUCACAAUGGGCUGUUGCUAGGCGGGGUCACUAGUGGCUGUUGCUAGGGGCCUUGGUUGCAUCCAUUCAUCCGUUGGCGACCGUCAUACAGGAAGAGAAGAUGAGCUGGUGUCCUCCCCGCCCCCAGAAGAGCUGUAACUGGGGUUCUCUGUGUUCCUUUGCCUUGUUCGUACUGUUAGUGUCCGGUUCCCCCACCCCAGCACUUAGAUCCAAGAUGGCCGAAGGGCGAAUGAGUCCUAUUGCCGCCGCCCUCCUCUUCCUAUAAAACUAGAAUACAGCUCUUAACUCUGUUCAUGAGCUCUGAUGGGUCCCACACUGGUGGUCUGACAACCCCCCUCUUCUGCCUUAUCACUCCACUCUGUAGCACUGGUGUUUCAUAGCAGGACCAACCAAUAGAGUUCAAGCACUCGAUUCUCACCGUUGGAGUUGAGACCCCGAUCUGGGACUGAAGGGGGGUGUGGGGGGGUCUUGAGUAGUGAUGGAGGGUACCAGCAGAUGUGCCUUGCCCAGCCGUGGUUUCUCCCUGCUUAGGGUGGGAGGGGGGGUGUGUGACCAUGGCUGUAAACCCUGCUCAGGUCCUGGAAAACACAGUAGACCCGUUGUGUUUUCAGGGCCCGGCCCUUUGUCUCACGCCACUCAGAGGCAGAAACUUAGGCCCAAUCCCAAUUCUAACCCUUACUUUCCCUUUACCCCUUCACCUUAACCUUUCAAAACAAGGGGGAGAGGUAAGGGGAUGGGUAAGGGGUAGAAAUGGGAUUGGGCCUUAAGUUUGUCUUGGGCAAACGAUCGAUGGAAACUUCUAUAAGGAUACACGUCCCCCAUUACAGAAAGAAUAUCAGCAUCAUUUAUCCCUGAGGAUAACCAGACUCUUGCAACAUUACUUCUGGGAUUUAUGAUCGAGGGGUUGAUGCAUCGACAGGACGUGGUUUUGAUACGACAGCGAGAAGGAACUAACAGCCAGAGGGAAAAGAUAGCAAGAUUGACUCCACAUAUAUUGGAGGAGAGUAGCCCUUAACAGAUUAUAGCUACUAACAGAAUGUUUUUUACUUCAAGAACGACGAGAAUACGACCGGCCACACUUUCCCAUCGCUCAACGCUGAGGGAACCAAAACGAUCGGCUGUCUGAUGCAAUGCAAGUGAGAGCUGUGGAGUUUGAAGACGUCUGAGGAGAAGGUCGGCGUGUCGGACGUACGUUCUGACACUUCUCUCAGGGGGAUUCUGGACGCGGCCCUCUUCCUCUUAGUUUCAUCCAUUUUAUUUUGUUCGGUUCUUGUGUGUGUUGCCGCUGCCAAUCUCCCAUCCACUCCAAACCAGCCAUAUUUAUACAUUGUUAAAGGUUGGGUAUGGGAUUUGCGAAACGCCAGCAGAUUUUGAAAACACACAACUCAAAUGGUCCUACCCCCCGUCCUUCAACGCUGACUCUGACUCCGCCCAUUCCAAGUACAAGGACGCGCAAUCAUGCACGAGCGCGAACACAGAUGCGCGAGAGCGAGCCAGGCUAGCUAGGUUGGAGUUUAUGGUUGUCUUCUAGUGCUAGGUCCAAAUGUGGAUUAGCUAGUUAGCUAUAGCUCCAGUAGCUACCUCAGGAUAACAACAAACAGAAGCUUUCUCUGGGUCACGAGCUUU